AUGUCUACAAUUGAUGAAUAGUAAAUCAUAAAAAAUACUAAAAGUAUGUAGAAGAUGCAGGAAAUAGCAGAUCGCAUAUAUGCUACUACUGGGGAUUUAACUAAAAGUAUAAACAUAGCAAUAUAUAGCAAUUAGUUCUGAUAGUAUAUUGAAACCGUCUAAGCUGACAUAGGAAUAGUUAUUAUUGUAAGCUAAAAAGGGUGAAAAUACUUAGGAUAAUAAAUAGAAGAAAGGAAAAGGGCAAUAAUCUGGUUUAGCUAAUAAAAGUGAAUUAAAUUCUACAGAAUGGUUAAAUAAAUUGCAAGAAAUAUAAUAAUAGCAUAAUGAAGAGAAAAGAAAACAGAGAGAAGAGCUAAUAGCAAGAUAUGUAUAGAGGGAAAUAGAGUUUAAGAAAACUAUUGAUGAAUUACAAUAAGAGUUGAGAUCUAGAACUGCUUUAGAUUAAACUGAUAAGAAAAUUAUGGAAAUGAUUUACAAAGAUCAUAGCAAAAUUAUAGAUGGAAUAAAUAAUAUUUAAUUGAGAACUUCUAAAAUCCUUGUUGAUUAAGAAAGAGAUAUUAUUAGAUUUUUUAACAAUAAAAUAAAUGAGAUAAAGAAACAAUUUCAAGAAGAAAGAGAAAAGAAAGGUUAGAAUGAUAAAGAGUACAUAUUAAAAGAGAAUUAGUUGAUUAGUGAAUUGGAAUGGAUCAAGAAGAUUGCUUAGAAAAUUGAUGAUGAGAAUCAUUAACUUAUGUAAAAAUAUAAGGAAUUGAAAGUUGAAUAUUAAACUUAGGAAAGAGAUAGAGAAAUGUUAAUGAAAGAAUUAAUAAUAAAGAAAAAAGAAAAUGCAAUUCUUAAAUCAUAAAUUUAAUAAUAUGAAAAGUUAUUAAAUGAUGUUUAAAAAGAAGAUGAUUAAGACUCUUAUUAAGAUUAAGUUUUAGAUAAAUCAGGUAUUAAGAAUUAAAAAACUGAGAAAUCUAAAUAAUCAUCCUCUUAAUAGUAAGUAAGAUUUCCAUAAAUAACUAAUUCAUUAGUUUCAUAAAGUGUUGAUGAAGUAUAAAAAACAAAGUAUAAUAUUCUUUUAAAAAACUAGAUAUUAGAAUAUGGUUAAUCUUUUGA